GUCUGUGCGUGCGCGCGUGUGUGUGUGUGUGUGUGAUAACGACCGACCGACCGACCGACCGACAGACACACUUUGUUCUAUUCGUGUUCGACGCGCGCGAUGCGUCCGAUCUCGUUCGCCGCCACCGCCGCCGUCUGAAUUCGAUCGCGUUUUUUUGCUGACAAUUUUUAAUUUUUUAAUACAUUUUUUUACAUUUUUUUCCCCGUCUCUCGCCUAACGUCGGGCUCGCGCGCUCUCGCUACUCAAGCGACGGCAGUCUGUCUUUCGAAUAAUUUAUAUAAUAUAUAAUACCUAUAGUAAUCAGUUUUUGUUUUUUUUUUUCUCAAAAGAUAAAACAACAACAACAACAACAACAACAACAAUAAUAAUAAAACGUAUAUAGUAAAGACCACACAGCUUUUGGCCCCGCAUGCCGCAACAUGUCCUACCGCUCGCUGGCCGCCGAUCGCGUGUACAAAGCGACUACGGACGACCUGCAGCCGGAGCGGAAGAACUCUGUCGGUACCGUUUUUAAAAAGGCUUUCGGCACGCUAAGCUCCAGCCCCCGGCGCAGGCUGUCCGAACCGCUUAUGUCCGGCGUGCCCGUAAUCGGCACCGGAAACAUCAACACGCCGCUCAGAAAAAUGCCCACCUCUGCCAUAUCCGAGGAAGCGUCGCUGCUCAGUGGCAUGCGGUCGGAGACUUUGGAAGAAGUAGAACUCACCGGCGUCCGUCCGUCGUUACCCGCCGUCCGGGCGUUUACCAGGGGCAAUACCGGUGUGGAAGAGGUGUACGUGGACACCGACAAUGGGCCGGUGUGCGUAGCCGUGCAGGGCGAUCGGUCCAGGCCACCAAUACUCACUUACCACGACUUAGGACUGAACUACGUUACGAGUUUUCAGACAUUCUUCAAUUAUACUGAAAUGCGCACCCUCAUGUCAAAUUUCUGCGUAUACCACGUGAAUGCACCCGGACAGGAAGAAGGAGCAGCACCGUUAUCGGAUGAUUAUGUUUUUCCUAGUAUAGAUGAUUUAGCGAAUCAGUUAGACCACGUUCUAAGAUACUUCGGUUUGCAAUCGAUCGUUGGACUUGGAGUGGGAGCUGGUGGGAACAUUUUGACGCGGUUCGCUUACAGACAACCAGCAAAGGUCGAAGCCUUGUGCCUGAUCAACGUGGUGUCGACGCCGGCCGGUUGGAUCGAGUAUGGUUAUCAAAAGUUGAACAGCAGAUAUUUGAAAUCCAAAGGCAUGACACAAGGAGUGAUGGACUAUUUGAUGUGGCACCAUUUUGGAAAAGGAACCGAAGAGAGGAACCACGAUCUGGCCAGAGUGUAUCGCGAGUACUUCGAGCACAGCGUCCACCCGGGAAAUCUAGCUGCGUUCAUCGACUCGUACGUGAGACGGACGGACCUGGGAAUCAGCAGGAGCACGCCGACGUCUGAGCAAUGCCCGGCAGGACGCCGGCUCAGCAUGUCCACCACGUUGCAAAUGCCUAUCAUCAACGUGUGCGGAGCUCUGUCGCCGCACCAGGAGGAUACGGUGACGCUCAACUCGAGACUGGACCCAACCAAGUCGUCGUGGAUGAAGAUAUCCGACUGUAGCAUGGUGCUGGAAGAGGUACCACAAAAAAUGUGUGAAGCGCUGCGGCUUUUCUUGCAAGGACUCGGUUACGCUGUGAGACUCGGCCGGCCACCGUUGACCGUAUCCAGAUCGGCUGAAGUGAUAUCAAAAUCCAUAAGACAGUCCGCGUCCAAAGACAGCGUGCGCAGCUCGCCGUGGCCGUUCAGAAUCACCGAAAACCCGCUGACGGCAUGAUGACAUGAUGCGCGUAAUGCGAUUAUGUCAUUAGCGUGCGCAGGUCGUCUGGCGGCGAGGCGGGAGGAUGGUGCUAUAGCAACAGUUUUACAAUAAUAAUACAAUUAUAGGUGUGCGCAUAUAUAUAUAUAUAUGUACAUGUAUAUGUAUGUAUAGAUGACAUAUAUAAAUAUUAUAACAUAAAUUAUACACUCGUGCGGUAUUUUCGCGGUCUGGCAUCGACGAGUCGCGGAAAGAGUUUCCGAAUAAUAAUAAUAAAACACCGAACCGAUUAGUCGAAAGGGGACAAACGUAUACGAACGGUCUGGCUAGUUUGUUUUUUUGUAGACAAUUAUAUAUACAUAAUAUAUAUAUAUAUAUAUACGUAGACCUAUAUGUAUUAUGAUAAUAAACAGUUAUGUAAUAUGUAAUGACGUUAGGGAUAUUGAGACUCAUAUCAUCAAAAAAAGCUUCAGACGUAGUUUUUGCUAAACGGAGAAACAAACUCCGUGUGUAUUGUUAUAAUGUAUAGGUACGCCUAAAAAUUAAAUUAAAUUAAUAUAUUAUUAUUAUUAUUAUUAUAUAAUCGUUAACGAAUAAUAAAAACGACGAGAUAAACGAGUUAGUUUUAAUAGACUGCACAAACACCUGCGCUUUUUUAUUGUUUGUUUGUUUUUAUAUAUAUAUAUAUAUAUAUAUAUAUACUUUACGUUGUUGAUUAUUGAUGUUAAUAGUUUGUUAAGUGUUGCUGUUAUUUAAUCAGAUAUAUUGUACGCGCCGUGGAUUUUAUAUACCGUUCUGUAUGAUAUAAAGAUGGAUUGUGAUAAGUAACAAUAUAUAACAAUGAAAUUUAUAA